AUGGAUGCUACUAAGGUUGCAGGGUGUUUCAUGGAUAGGACCAUCCUCGUCACCGGCUCGACCGGCUUCCUAGGAAAAUUGCUGGUGGAGAAGAUACUGCGAGUUGAGCCGGGCGUGAAGAAGCUCUACUUGCUGGUGCGGGCGCCGGCAUACGAUUCGCACGCAUAUCUUACUUUGGUUGUAGGGAAAGAACUUUUCGUCACACUGCAACAAAUACACGGGGACGAAUUCAGCUCUUUCAUCCAAGAGAAAAUAUCACCUGUAGCCGGGGACAUCAUACAUGAGGACCUUGGGCUCCACAGAUCCAAGGUUAAGCAGCUGUCGGAGGAGAUUGAUAUUAUCGUCAAUGGAGCCGCAAUCACCAAUUUCUACGAGAGGUACGACGUUGCUCUGGCAUGCAAUGCUUUGGGAACCAAGAACGUUUGCCAGUUUGCAAAGCAGUGUGCCCAUCUCAGAAUGCUCCUUCAUGUUUCCACCGCUUAUGUAUUAACCGGUGAACAAGAAGGCCUGCUACCAGAGAAACUGAUCCGGAUGGGGGAAACACCGAAGCCAGACUGCCAUCUGGAUAUUGAAGCAGAGCUAGAGCUAGUUCAUGAGGUCAAAGCAACACUCACGGCGCACUCUGUUACUGAAGAUAGCUCACAACAGUUAGAAACGAAGGCCAUGAUGGAACUUGGCUUGAAGAGGGCCAAAUAUUUUGGUUGGCCCAACGUCUAUGUGUUCACCAAGGCUAUGGGGGAGAUGUUUCUUGGCUCCAUGACGGAAGACCUUCCAGUUGUCAUAGUACGGCCAAGUAUUGUAACCAGCACUUUCGAGGAACCGUUUCCUGGAUGGAUAGAAGGAACUAGGACAUUUGAUGUCCUUAUUGUUGGCUACGACAAGCAAACUGUUCCAUGUUUCAUAGGUGAUCACAUGGUGGUCAAUUCUACCAUGGUAGCUAUGGCGGCUCACUACGGAGACAAGACUCAAGUAAUUUACCAUGUGACUUCAGCCAACCAAAAUCCACUGCCAUGCUACAUUCUAGAGGAAUCAACAUAUGCCUACUUUUUCAUCAACCCUCGUGUGGAGGAUGAAACGAGGACCGUCCAGCAUAAAAGGCUACUAUUGUUCAAUAGAUAUCCUUAUUUCCAUGCAUAUAUGGUUCUAGGAUACAAAAUACCGCUGCAGAUGUUGUACCUGGUGAACUUAUUACUCGGUGGGUUGUUCUCAGAGCUCCACAAUAAGCUCAAUCGAGACUACAAUUUCUUCAUGCUUCUAGCCAAGUUGUAUGCCCCGUUUGCCUUCUUCAAGGCAUGGUGA